UGGCAGAGGAAAAAGAACUGGUAUCUGUUCAUCUUAUACUACAACUUAUUCCUAAGAACUUUGUCCUUAUCUGGAAAACAGUAUACAGUUGUCAGCGGAGUAAUUUCCAAUGGGAAAGUGUCAAUCUUGUUGUGAGACCCCUGGAACCUCGGCCAGCUCAAGGUACUCCAGUACACCAAGGUCCUCAUCCGCAGCAGGGACUUACCGAGGCAGGGCAGGCUCCCAGCCUCAGGCCCUCAACUCAGACUCUGGGGGUGGGGAUGUCCUCAGUCAUCUAACCUCAAGCAGGCAGCCUCAACCUAUCUCAGACAAAAAAAUGUUUACACCCUACCCAAAACUACCACCCAUUAAGAAACAUAGCAACGGUGAUAACAAACGAUUGUCUUUUAUAUCUCGGGACUACUCUGAAAGUAAGAUACAGACACUGUUUGAGCAAUACAAGGACCCAGGGGAGGAUGCAAUAUUAGCAGAAGGCAUUGAAAAAUUCUGUACAGAUUUAGAUGUAAAUCCAGAUGAAUUUAUAGUGUUGGUGCUAGCAUGGAAAUUCCAGGCCAAGACAAUGUGCAAGUUUACAAGGGAAGAGUUUGUGAACGGUUGCAAAGCAAUAAAAGCAGACUCAAUCAAAGGUAUUCAAGCUAGGUUUACAGACUUGUUGACAGAAGUAAAAGACAAGCAAAAGUUCAAAGAGCUGUAUCGUUGGACUUACAAGUUUGGACUAGAUGCUGAGUCAGGACAAAGAACACUUCCCAUUGAUAUGACAAUCAGUCUUUGGAAGCUGGUCUUCUCGCAGACAGAACCCCCUAUUGUACAGCGCUGGCUUGAGUUUCUAGAUGUCCAUCCAAAUAUUCGGGGUAUCCCACGGGAUACCUGGGAUAUGUUUCUCAAUUUUACUGAGCAGGUUGGUGAUGAUCUAGGGUCAUAUGAUGACACUGAAGCUUGGCCUAGUCUCUUUGAUGACUUUGUGGAGAAUGAAAACGAUAGGCAGAAUCAAAAUGUAAAAACACUAUAGUAUAUCGGCACUGUUUGAACAUUCCAUAUUACAUAUGUUGCCAUCACUUUGCAUAUUGAGUUUUGUCAGGGUUUAGUGGGAUGCCUUGUGUUGAUGCCUAACAUACGUGUUAUCUUACAAUGUUUGCUUUUAACCCUUUUAGAUGUAUUGUGCAAUUUUAGUUGAAGAUAAAAUUUUAAAUACAAAAUCAUUUUAGCUAUUUAAAAACCUGAAGUAUGCAUAUAUUGUAUAUGUAGAUGACUGUAUUUUCACAUCUACUUCAUUUUGCUGACUAAUUCCGUAAAACCUUACUCUUAAUAGCUGUAAAUUCCUAUAUUUUUGUGAGGCCAAAAAUUUUGUGGUUUCACAAAAAUCUGCAUUUUUGUUGGCACGAUUUGGAUUAAUGUUGCUCACCAAAAACCACUAAUACUAAAAUCCAGGUAAAUUUUGAUAUUUAUUAUUUAUGUAUAUAUAAAUUCACGGAUUAAGAGUUACUUAAGAGUUACCAUGAAUUCAAACUUAAUGAUUUUCUUGUAUGAGGAAGUAAUUGAUGGUAAUUACUUAUCUAUAGGAAUGGGGUAAAUGUUUGCUUCCUUAAAAUUAAUUGAUUUAUGGCUGUGAAAUAGGUUUGCUUUUGCUUGUUGAAAGUUAAAUUGGUGGCAAGACGAAAGACAUUGUUAUGUAAAGAUUUUAGCAGCAGUUGUUACAAAUGUAGGCACAAUUGUACCCUGUAAUUACUUGAUUUUGAGAAAUUUGUGAGGAAAACAGUAACACUUUUGAUACAUUCAUAUGAUAAUUUGGUUGAACUCUGUCCCAUCAAAAAAAUGUAUAAAGGUAAGGUUGGGUAUGACUUCAGGGAUUAGUAAUAUGGGGACAGUUAUCUGUAAUGGAUGAUAGUAAUUAUAUCUGAUACAUUACCUCCCCUGAUGCAACAUUUUCCCAUCAGCUUAUUGUGUGGCAAUGUGCCUUAAACAGUCUCUCCUGUAUCUAUACAUUUCUUUAUUUAAGUACCUUAUUUAGAAGUUGAUACCAAGCUCAUGAUAUUUGACCAGAGGGAUCAUAAAGGAAUGCAUCAUAUAAUCUUCCUGAUAUAAAGUAUGUAUUUUCAUCUGAGUAUCCAUGAUAAUAUUUAAGCCUAACUGUAAAAUAUUGUCAAAAGUUCAAAGGUUAUUGAAAUUUUAUGAGCUGGCCCUGGUCAAAUAUCAAAAGGUCUUGAUUGUUGAAAGCCUUCAUAAAUCAUCUGGACUUGUUUAAAGCCAUAAAUAUGAAAUUUCACUAGUGAGAACCUUUGAUGGAUAUUGAUAAACAUUCUUCAUAUUUCGUUUUAACAAGCUUAAAGAGAUCAUUAAAAUAUCUCAACUAGCUCUCACUGAACAGUGCUGUACUCAUAUGUACUUGCCAAGCAGUCAACUCUGAAGCAAUUCUUCACUACAGUUGGCAAUUUGAGGCUAGUUGCAGUGACUGACAUGAUAUUUGAGGUAAACAGACAAAUCAGGAAUGUGCUGGUACUUAUAUAAUUGGUCAGUUAUUUACAUAUAACUUAUAUCUAUUCAAAAUAGUAUUGCUCUUUCUGAUUUCUUUUUUGAGACAGAUCAAAACAGUUCUGACAGAAAAAUAUUGGGGUUGUCUCCCUUUACCUGCCUCCGUAAUUGCGACAGUCCAUCUCAGGUUUAAUGUGUGAUUUAGAAAAAAAAUCAACAGAGAAAUCCUAAAAUAGUGAUAUUAUACAGAAAUCAUUUUACUUAAUAUCAACAUGUGAAAUUUGUGUUGUUUUAUUGUUUCUAUAAACUUUUAAACUUGGUUGGGUAUGCUGUCUAUGUCCUGCUAUACUUUUAGUGCUACAUGUAUCACCUGUGUAAUCUGAGAAUAAAAGUUAGGUACAAUGUUGUUGUAAAUUCCCACUAACCCUGGAAAGCUGGUCAUAAAGAUGUCGCUUCAUUUACUACAAUUAAUUUUAUCAUUGAUUUACUAUCACCUAGUGAUAUAUGUUUAUGUACUUGUUGCCUUAAGCUUGCAUCUGUUGAUGUCUUUCUGCUCCAAGUGUAUAUAUGUUGUUGAUAUAUGAUGAAUCUCAUCUGUACCACUUAAAUAUAUCUGUCUGAUACAUGUUGUGUAAUCCAUAUCUCUUCUGUAUUUCUUUGUAGUUUUUAUGGUAUACCCCAUUGAACCAGUAUUGAAAACACAUUAAUAUUCACAACAUUUGAUACUGAUGUGAUACUGAUAUUAAGAAAAUAGACCCACAAGUAAUAACUCAGACUGUACUGCACUGACAGUACCUAUAAAGACCAAACAGUUAAUAUUACAACGGUUUACAGAAACACUGAUUAAUGAACAGAUCUAACCUGACUUAGAAGACCAUUAGGCCACCUCCAAUUUAAAGGAAUGGACAGUGAGAAAUAUUCCUUUUUGUUAAGAUUCAAAUUAUUUGGUGAAAAACACAGAGCAAUCUUACUCGGGUUAAGGAUUGGGUGUGAGAAUAACAUUAAUUUGUUAUUUUAUAGUAUUAAAAUUUAUACUGAAAUUAACCUUUCUCAGACCUAAAUUUAAAAGGUAAUUUUUAGAUCAGCCAAAAAGUAAAAGUUUGACUUUACAGUAGACCUACAGUUUAUCUGUUAAGUGUCAACGUGUUUAUAAGUAACAUGUUACACAGUGAUUCUGAAAUGAUCAUACAAUAAUGCAUGCUUGCUAAGAAAUACCCACUACUUUGUAGGAUUAUUUGGUUUCUUACGAAUUCCUUCACUGUAUAUAGAUAGUAUGAAUAUUACUUCCACAAGGCUUACUACCUGACUGCCCAUUCUCAGGAUUCAAUGCUAAGAAAUAUCUGCCAAGGAUUUUAAAUUUUCUAUUAAUGAAUGUUUUGUGUAGUUGCAGAUAAAUUGUGCAGUUAACACUUAAUAUUCUGGUAUUUUCAGCUUCAUAAGACAAUUUUUCGUUAAGGUACUUAAAAACAUAAUUUUGUUUAGGACUAAUAUUGGUGAUUAACUUGCUUAAUUUUACCUUAGAUUAAGCUGGAGAUGGCUGUACCAAACUAAGAUAAAUUUUACAGAAAUGUUUACUUUGCUACAUAUGUGUUUUCUACUUGAGAAGUAGGUUCUGUAAUCAGGGUGUUUUUCUCAGAUUGUACAGUUUUAUAUCUCACCUGAAAAUGUAAGGGAAACCAUUGUUUUGAUACCAGUAGAGCACAGCAUGGUGUAAGCCUGUCAGUAUGCACGUAGCUUCAAUUAAGAAGGUAGGGUGUAAUGUGAUUUUUCAGAUAAAAGGUGACAUGUAAUCAAACUCCACAAAAAUGUUGCUUGGUAGGAAGAGUUUAAGAUGUAACUGUUGUGUUACCUCCAGUAUCAAAUCCCUCAUCCAGUCUAUCGUCCCGUCACGCAGGUGUACAAAGCUGUAGAGGGACCAAUAUGUUCUGCCCUAAAUGUUGUGCCUUUCUGUACAUAUUCAAACUAUUCAAACUUGUGGAGAGAGUUUAGAAAGAGACUGUAUGGUAGAAAGAACUGUUUAUUUUACUCUUAAAUAACUAGUCAUGGCUGACCGUAUUACUAAAAUUUUUCAGAAGAUUAAAAAAAAAAGAUUACAAACUAUUGAUAUUAAGGGGCAUUCCUUCAUUGAAACAAUUUUAUAAAAAAUCAAACAACAUUUACGUUUAUUUUUCUGGACUUGUAAAAGUUAGUAACUAUACAUUAAUACAGCACUCAAAGUCUCAAAAUAACCCAAGUGAUUAAAUUAUAAAAUUCAGCAAAGUCUCAAAAUAAGCCAAGUGAUUAAAUUAUAAAAUUCAGCCCCAAGGACAAGGAUCACCAGUACAUACAGACAGUGUUUACACAGGAUGUGUGUAUUUUCUGUACAUUUCCUAGUCCAUAUCUAUCACCACUUACAUGUAGUGUGAUCCCGUUUUAGGUAUAAAUUAGAAAAAUUACAGCAUAGCAUAUUUCUGCUCUUUGAAUGGAGGGAUGUCCCUUAAAAGAUUUUUUUUAUAAUUUGAGAAAUAUUUUAGCAAAAUUUUAAUACACUGAAUGAAAAUUAUUUUUUAUUAGCAUUCUGAAACCUGAUCAUAGAGAACAAUGAUUUUUAAGGAGGGAAAACAUGAACUAUUGGUAGGUAAGGUUGUUUUGGUACUAUAACUAAGAUAGUGCCUUACAAACACAAUCUGGAAACAAAGGUUGGCUUAAAACAUCACAAUUACCUAGGUGAGUAAUGUAACUCGUAGAUUUUGUGCCAUUUUGAUUCCGAGUAAAACAGGAAAAAACCAGCAGAGAUUUGUGUUUAUCAUUGAUAUUUCUAACUGCAGCAUUAGUUGUACUGUUGAGAUCAGCAAUGUAUUUUCAGUGAGUGUGAAAGUUGUACUGGAUAUUAUCUCAUAUUGUGUCGUGUAUCUAUUGCAGGAUUCAAAACUGUCUCCAUCUACUUCAGGGCUGAUAACAAAUUAAUUUCAUUCCUCUAAGGAAGGUUACAAAUGUCUCAUAAACUAAACAAAAUUAUUCUCAAGAGGAAAAUUACUGAUGCCUUGCAAAUGGAACACAAUCAUUUCUCACAGAAAAGUGACAGAUGUCUCAUGAAUGAGACAAAAUCAUUUCUCACAGAAAAGUGACAGAUGUCUCAUGAAUGAGACAAAAUCAUUUCUCACAGAAAAGUGACAGAUGUCUCAUGAAUGAGACAAAAUCAUUUCUCACAGAAAAGUGACAGAUGUCUCAUGAAUGAGACAAAAUCAUUUCUCAGAGAAAAGUGACAGAUGUCUCAUGAAUGAGACAAAAUCAUUUCUCAGCGGAAAGUGACAGAUGUCUCAUGAAUGAGACAAAAUCAUUUCUCAGAGGAAAGUGACAGAUGUCUCACAAAUGAGACACAGGCAUUUUCUCAGAGGAAAGUGACAGAUGUCUCAUGAAUGAGACAGUCAUUUUCUCAGAGGAAAGUGACAGAUGUCUCACGAAUGAGACAAAAACAUUUCUCAGAGGAAAGUAGGAGUAGACGAGACAAUGAUUCCUUGGAGGAUGCUUACAGAUGUUUCAAAUAUAAAUAACCAAGUGAUAGAGUGAGUAAUCAAUUUGAGACAUGAUUUCUAGUGUAAGUAAUAUAUGACAGUUCUCCUAUUUAUUUACAGAAUCUGUUGAGAACAGACAGUGGCAUAGACAAUGCUUUUUAGUAGUGUAUACUUUCAAGAAAGGUCCAGGGGCAAAGCCCCAGUAGGGGAAGGGUCUGUGGGCGAUGUAAAGAAAAACAAAAGUAACAAAAAAUAUGUCUCUAUGGAAUUCAAGUGUAUGCUUAAGCAUACAAAUAUACAUUAUUGCUAUGCCACAGAGAAGUUUCUAUUUUAUUGAUCACAGAAUUGCUGAACUAUCUUUUAUCCAAGGCUUUCAGCUCUAAUGGAAACAUUUUACAUGCUAUUGUAUCCACCCAUUGAUUGGAAUAAGAAAAAGAAAUGUUCACUAAAAUUAAAGAUGAUGUGAUAGUUUGACCCUUAUACAUCACAGUGUGGGUAAAUGAAAAUGUUUUGUACGAGUGAGUGCGUCAGACACUGAGGUUAUGAGCACAGCUUUUACGUGUCCCUGUAUAGACACAUUGCGUGAUAGUCUUAGCUUAUGUGACAUGGAAUCUAGUCAUCUUACACCUAGUAUGAUUUAGUAAUUAUUUCUACUUUUUAGAUGUGGUGUCUAUUACAAUGCCCUUUAGAUCUUAUUUCUGCUCAAGUUGGGGCAUUAUGCUGAGGAGAUAACAUGGAUUUCUUAGUUUAUUUCCAAGUUCAUCAACAGACUUGGAUAAAGGACUUGUGUAUUAUACUUCAGACUUUACUGCAGAAUCUUUAGAGUGAUACAUGUAUGUUCCAGUUGAACCCCAUUUAUAGAGAUAAUCAUUCUUGAAUGAAAUUGAAGCUGUAUUGAUCUAGGGUCAUGACUCAUGCAUUUUAAAAGCUUAUUACGUGAGUACUCUAAUACAUUAAUAUCCUCAGACAAGUUUCACAACACAUGGGAACCUCUGUUUGUCCAACACAAGUUACUUAUCCAAGACUGUAGGUGGCAUGUAUCAAGACCUUAGUAAUGGGGAUGCUUGAGUUACCCCAGACACACCAUAUAGUUUUAAUUUGCAUAAUAGUAUUCUUUCUUUUUUGAAAAAAGGUAAUAAAUUGCUAUGUUGAUCUCAAGGUA